CGCGCGCCCACAUAUUUCCGCUUGACAUUGCACCUUUGUUUAUCAUCUCGCCACAAUCUGUGAGCGUAAAUUUCGAACAAACACGAGCAAACGUGACAGGAGCUCUUAAACCCUAGAGUGCUACAAGGUGCUACAAGCCUGAGAAUCGGGAAUUCAUGACAUGACAUUCCACGCGCGGUCGUCAAAAAGACGAGUCAAGACGAGUGAAGACGAGCCAGUGACGACAAUUUACUAGUCCGUCUGUUCCUUUUCCUUGGCGCCGAGCUAAUAAUAUUGUAAGAUACUGAUCGAUAUUGGUAAUUCGCGUGCGUGCAACGCGAUCGAUUUUGAUCGAAUGCUAAGUGGCGAUCUAAAAGCCCUUUUAUCGCAAUAUUCGACGACUGACUCCUCGGCGUUCAGUUCUCAGUGACUGAGGUUAGAAAGGGUCAGUCUCAGGUUAAUAGCACCGUUGCGACGUAAUAACGCCUGGUUGGAGAAAGCCUGGUGGAUUCGCCUUAUUGCCCUUCUCGCGAGAAUGGGGAGUAUGGGGACGAGGAUCCGCGCUGAAAUGCUCUGAUCCGUGGCUCUCGCGCUCGCGAAACGCAUUAGAGCAAAUCGCGCACGAAUCUCAACAUUGAUGUCGACGUAACCACAUUCUUGGACGAUGGAUGGAGAGGAUUCCGUAGACGUGGAUGUGGUGGACGUGGAUCCGCGGGAGCUGCAGGAGACCCUCCAAACCUAUAGGAAGCUCGCGGACGAUUUUGCGAAUCACGACACGAUUCUAAAGGACAAGACAGUCUUAUCUUAUAUAGCGUAUGUCUUAGAAGUACCUGAUUUAGAUGUGGUUACCUUAGCUCUGGACAUUCUGGAGAUAUUUGUUAAGAAUGUAGACAAUUAUAUACAUAUAACAUCUACCUUUGGUGUGCGCGAAUCCUUGGAGGCAGUUAUCAACAGAUACAGCUUGGACGAACCAAAGGUAGCCAGUCGAGCGCAGCACAUCAAGGAUGACAUAGAGCGUAUGAAACCACCUAUAUAUAACUUGCGCAGCCGUUGCAGACGAGUUAUAGAGCCCAAAAAGUUAAGGACGCAUGUAAUAGUUUUACAUGUUCAAGGUUUAUUGCCAGAGACUCGUGCCGAGUUGGAGGGGAUAUUGAUAAGAAUCGAAGGUCUCGUUUCGCUCGUCGUCGACGUGGAGCAUCAGCGUGUGACUAUGCGCACUUUGAGUUAUGUCACUGCGAAACAGAUUGCAGAAGCAAUUGAGAGACAUGCAGAUAAUAUGGAAGCGAGAUUGGUUACAAAAAACAAAUUUAAUCAAGAGUUUCUUGUGAAAUUAAUACAAGAAGGUGAUACCGAUAGCGAGGGAUUGCCUGAAUACUUACCUGAGGAGGAAGAAGAGGAUAAUAAAGAAGGCGUAGUGUCCCUAUUUACAGGUUUAAAACAAAGCGCUUCGUCUCUGUACAAAUCUACCACCGAGUUUUUAAGUAACUCAUUCUAUUGGUAGAGUUUUUAACGGUAACGGAGAUCUUUGUAAUAUUUGUGACUGUUGCAAUUAGAAUUUUAUUUAUUUGAAAUUAAUAAUUGUUUAUCUGUCUCCUCAAAGAGAAGAGCUAGAAACAAUUCGUGUGUAUAGAGUAUCCAUUAGUAUCUUAGAUUAGAUAUAUCAAAGAAAAAGACUUAUAUAAAAUAACUUUUUAGAAGUACUAUAAUAAAAGUUAAUUUUGAUUAUUUAAGAAUCUCACACUACUAUCAGUAUGUUUAUAAUUCACAAUGAUUAAAGGUAACCGACUUAAUUGGUUUUACUACUUGUAAUAAUAUUUUGUUCUCUUUAUCUAUUUUGAUGAAAAAGAUGUACAAAUAGACUUUUAAAUUUUUAUGUCUAUAUUUGUAAAAACAAGAGAAAUAUGUUUUACGUGUAUAUAUAAUUAAUUUUCUUAUUUUUAGUAUUUUAACAGUUAUGCAUGUUUUAUCUUGUGGCUUAAAAUAUAUAAAAUAAUUAUGUAUACAUACACAUACACACAAUACCAACUAUUUCAAUCUCAGAGACUUCUAAGCGAUUUCUAAUAUGCUAAUAUGUAAAUAAGAAAAUUUUUAUGUGUGUGCUAUAUAUGCAUUAAAGACCUAAUUAAAAAAAGGAUCUUAUAUGUAUACAAUAUAUAUAUAAAUAUAUAUAAUUAAUAUAAUUGAGAGAUUUAUAAAAAAGCUUAUAAAAGGUUAUAAUAUAUAAAAAUGUUAUAUUAAGUAUAGAUAUUAAAUAUAUGUGAUAUAAGAGACAUUCAAAUCAUAAUACAGCUUUUGCAAUUAAAUAAAAACAAUUUUAAUAUUUAAUUUUUCUAUAAUUUUCUUUGAUAAUUGUCAGUUUAUAAAUUUAUGUGGAUGUAUUUAUAAAUCGCUUUUUGCAAAAAUAAUAAAUAAUUCUCUUAAGUAAUUAACGAAAUAAUUCGUGUUAAUACUCGAAUUUUAUGACCAAUUUUAAAGCAAUUGUAUAAAGUCAUUGAAGAAAUUAUUCAGAAAUGAUAUUUAAGAUACUCUCUCUUGAAACUUGUUAUAUCUUAGCUAUUCAUGUAAUCUCAAUAUAAUGCAAUAUAUGUUGUUUGCAUUUGUACAAAGAAUGAAAAAAUAUAAAAUGUUGUGUAAAUCAA